AUGCAUGUUUCCGGCUCACCACUUGAAAUUCACGAAAUGGAUAAAGAAUGUGGGAGUGACAGUAUUGAUUACGAAGAGAACAAAAUUGAAGAAGGAUUCUUGGUGCAGAAAUCCACUAAUGAUAAUUAUGUAUUGGUAAACACGCGCAUCGAUUAUGAGUGUCGACCAACCGAAAUAGAAACGGACUGUCUAUACGAGUUUGUGAGCAAAUAUCAGAAGAAAAGAAAGAGUAAAAGUGAAAAAGAAUUCCACAGUCAAACGGCAACAGAAGCACCCACUCAAGUCAAGAAAGUGAAGGUCGGACGUUCACCUCUUCCUCGCAGUAUUUCAAGUGCCCAUUCGUCUAUGGACUACCGUUCGUAUUUUACACCAGCAACGCCUGAUGAUCGCAAACUAAGUAUCAUAUGGCAAAAGACGUUAGUGCAAGAUAAAGAAAAUGUUCGUGCAGCCUUAUUGAAAGGCAGCAAAGAGGACGAUACACAACCAGACGAAGAUCAACUAAAUCUGAUCAGCAGAGAUAUCACAAUUAUGCGAGAUGAACACAGUGACAGUACCGACACUAUUCUUCCAAUAACAGCGAUAACGACAGAAAGUUCAGAUUCGAUGCCGGAACAAAUAUCGAUUGAAUUUACAUUAAAUGAAGAACAACAUCAAGCAUUUGUGAUAAUUACUGCUCAUCUCGAAGGCAAAAGUUUUUUGAAAUCAGCCGAUAAGCAAGAACAACUACUGAUGUGUGUACCAGAUCCUGGUGGAACGGGAAAAUCACAACUGCUCAAAGCACUCACCAACAAGUCAACUGAGCCGUUCGGUGGAAUCAACGUGGUAUUUUUCGGCGAUUUUAUCCAAUAUCCGCCCGUGUUAGACAAGCCAUUAUAUGGCGAUAUGUUGGCAGAACAAAACAAUACGAGAAUCAAAUCGAAACAAAAAACUGAACUUGAUACUCAAUAUGAAGUCGGACGUGCACUGUGGUUACAAAUAAACACGGUAGUUCAGUUGACCAGACAAAUCAGAACCGAUGAUCCUGCAUUCUUAGAGGCUCAAAAUCGAUUACGUUACGGACGGUGUACAACAGAAGAUCAUAAAUUACUUUCAAGACGAGUGACUGGUCAUCAAAGCUGUCCGGUCAAAUCAUUGGACGAUAUCGCAAAGAACAUUUAG